ACCAUCACUACUUUGCUUGAAACACACACAAUGGCUGCAGGACCAUUGCCGCAGUUUGUCAUGCGCGCCACCGUGCUUGGCGCGUGCAUUGGCGGCACUGCGUUCUUCGGAGCGCCGUAUCUCGAGCGUCAAGUCGAGCAAGCGCUCGCUGCCCAAGUCGCCAACGAUGUUCCACUCCAUCCAGCAUACCUCGCGCAAAUCCACCGAAUCGGAACUGCAAUGGGCAUGGACAUGGAUCGCAUCAAGGUUGUCGUCGCAAACAAGCCUUCCAUGCCAGCGAGCUCAGGCACUCGGUUAAAUCCGAGGACAAGUGCGCUGCUCGUCCUGCCUCGCGCAUUCCCGGAGCGAUUCAACGCCAAUGCCCAUGAGCAAGAUUUGGCUAUUGCUGCGCGCAUGUACGAGUCUGUUGUGCCUGCAGGUAGCCGCAAGGGCGAUCGCGUGCUGGUUGUCCCUCACAACGAUUUCCGCGAGAGCGCCAGCAAGCUGCAACAGUACCCACCGUUGACAUUGGCACCACAGGAGCAGUUUGUGAUUGCUCACGAGCUGGCGCAUAUUCGCAGCGAGGAUACGCUCAAGCGCUGGAUGUCUGACUCGAUGAUGAUUUGCAUGCUUGUGCUGCUCCCACUGACUCUGCGUCGAUCGUAUGGCGUUCGCCUUCCACUCGCCCUCGGCGUUGGUGUCGCCAGCGCGCCUUUUGCGCACAUGCUUUCCAUGGCGUAUGGACGGCGGCUCGAGCUCAACGCCGAUCGCGAUGCUGCAAAAGCGGGAUAUGCCGCGGGUGGAAUCCGGGUCAUGACUGCCCUUGCCGAAGCGACCGACCCCAUUCUUGAAUCGCACCGCACACUCUUCAUGCUCUCCGACCAUCCUGCGCCGCGCACGCGCCUUGCCGAGCUCCUCAAGUAUGCACCAAAGGAGCAUCGAGCCGUGUCGGAUGGAAAUCUCUCUUCGGCUUGAGCCAGCCAGCCAGAGCAACCCCGCCGCAUGUUUGAUCGUAUUGUACAUUAGGCUUAAUCUCAAUUUCACUCGAUCCACUAUUCCCCCUCCUCCUGGACUGCGGCAGGAGUGAUCAUUUUAUCCCUUAUUUUUC